AUGUCGAAUUCCAUCACAAUUAUAGGUUCGCUGAACUACGAUAUGGUUACAUACACUUACGUUUUGCCAGAGGCUGGACAGACUGUGUUGUCAAAUCACUUUGAGUGUCACUACGGAGGAAAAGGACUCAACCAAGCCAUAUCAGCGGGAAAGCUUUUGGCGCCAGAUUCUCAGACAAUUGUGAGAAUGGUAGGCAAAAUUGGCAAUGAUAGUUUCGGUAAAGAACUGAAGCAGUACCUAGAGGAUAAUAGAGUGUCCGCCAGUCAUGUUUCAACCGAGAAGGAUGUAUGUACUGGAAUUGCCACGAUUAUUGUUGAGCAGGAGUCUGGAGAAAAUAGAAUUCUUUGCACUCCAGGAGCCAAUGGAAAACUAAUUCUUACUGACAAUGAGCUUGAAACCGUUUUUGAAGACGAAAAAGACCGAGACUAUCCUGGUUUUGUUAUUCUUCAAAAUGAGCAACCCGAUCCUGUUAGCUGUAUCAGCUGGAUAAAAAGUCAUAGGCCAAACCUCAUCAUUACUUACAACCCGUCCCCAUUCAACGAGGAGAUUUUGCUGGACAAAAGGAUUUGGAGUUGUGUGAACGUUCUUGUUGUUAACGAGGGUGAAGCCCUGACUUGUGUAAAACAAUUGAACUCGUUUUCCGUCAGCGAGAUCAAGGAUAAGAUCAACUCAAAUUUAGUACAUGGAUACACAAUUCUUGCAAAAGAAUUAAACAGAGUAUUGAACCCAGAAUCGGGAUAUAGUUUAGUUGUGAUAACUCUUGGAUCCCAAGGCUCAGUGUACGCAACCGAUAUUGAGAGCCAGUACAUCCCUUCCCUCCAAGUUGAACCUUCCAAGAUCGUAGACACCACAGGUGCUGGAGAUACUUUCCUCGGAGCGUUGGUAGUGAAAUUGGCACAGAAAGAACCAAUUGAGGAGGCUAUAAGAUUUGCUACCGCAGCAUCAUCUUUGACCGUUCAGAGACGGGGAGCGGCUGAAUCGAUUCCCCAAUAUGAAGACGUGAUAUCGUUGUUGGAAAGUCAUUGA